AAACACAGCCAGCGCUUGACACGGCAUCACAAACUCACAGCUCACAGAAGAGAAAAAACACGCGAAACGCGACUUUACGUGGAUUUAAACAAUGACUUUUGAAGAAUUUAGUGGACAAGAUAACGCAGCUACUACUGGCGAUAGAAUGCAGAGUGCAGGAACAGCACUAGAGGAGCUCCUGGUCUCCGCUAAAAAGCAGGACUGUCUUACCGUUGGGGUAUACGAGUCUGCACAAGUCAUGAAUGUUGACCCAGACAGUGUGGCUUUCUGUGUCCUGGCUACGGAUGAGGAGUACGAAUGUGACAUCGCCUUGCAGAUCCACUUCACUCUCAUUCAAGCCUUCUGCUUUGACAACGACAUCAACAUUGUUCGUGUGAAUGACAUUGAACGUCUUGCUGACAUCGUGGGCAGCGAUCAGGAUGAGGAACCUAAGGACGCACACUGCAUACUUGUAACGAGCCCCAAUUCUGACUCUUGGAAAGAUUCUGCGCUUGAGAAAUUGGGUCUGUUCUGUGAGGAGAGCCGCAAUGUCUACGAAUGGGUGCCUACUAUUACUCUGCCGGAACGCUGAUGGGAGAUGCCUUUGGCAUGUUCACGUGAAUGAAACAAGUUGAAUACAUCCAUCCUGAAGGGUACACCGGUGCAAAGCUAAAAAGCUUUCAGAUGUAGUCUGGAUUAUCCACACAACGGGAAGCUAAGUGGACUGACCCAGCGUAGGCUACGGUUGGCCGUCCUGGAAAAGCUGAGGUUCGGAUUUUUUUUUGGGACGAGCAUGGAAAAGUCAAGGCUCCUGUGCCACUCAAGUCUAUUGUGGUGGAAUCAUGGAGACAAUAGAAGAGAAAAGGACAGGUGGACUGUGAGAGCCCGUUUAUAAGAUUGUCGGAGGUGAAGAGACCAUGGAAUUGGUGUGAUGUGGAUUUUAAAGAGGAACUAAGUUUAAGUGAUAUUUUGAAGAAUUUGAAGAAUGGGCACUUGGGAUCUUAUCUGAAAAAUAUUACAUGGACACUAGUGUAACUUGUCUUUUGUGAUAUCCUGUGU